AUAUGGAAAGAGAAGUUUGCUAACUAAAAUAGAACGCGAACAAUCAAAGAAGCAACUUCACACUCGGGCGUACAGGGUGACUGGAGACUCCGCAUUUUCAUGCCUAUAAAACCCGCAACGCUGUGAACGUUCUCUCUUUAAACGCUGUGAACCACAGAUAAAGAGGAGAGCCAUCAAUUAUCUGUAUUUAUAAUUUGCUCCUAUUGUGUGUAUUGCUGGACUUGCUAUUUUGCUAAUCUCAGGGGAUUCUCCCCUAAAAUCACUACUUAAAAAAACCACGUUGCCCCUAUUUUUCUAAGGCUGAUUUUUUAAAAACAAUAUUUUAUUCCCAAUGUUCCUUCUCUGGUUUGCCGCUUGUUGCAGCCUGGUCCUGGGGGCAGAUGAGCGAUCUCGUUUCGGCAGGUAUCGAGAAGAGAUCAUCUAUCCCGAGAGACUGAAUGCCACUUUUCAUCCUCCGGGUUGGAGCAAGGAUGGCACCUUUGACAACAGCCUGGGCAGCGAUGGAAGUCCGGAUGAACGGCUCUCCUACCGCUUCAGAGUAUUUGGCGAAGAAUUGGUCCUGCAUUUAGAGAAAGACCCCAGCUUCUUCACGGAGGGCUUGACAGUACAAUAUUUGGGCCGGUCCAGGGAAGCGGUAGACAGCUUGACUGAGCGAGGGACUUACUUCACCGGAACGGUGAACUCUGACCCAGAAUCGGUUGUGGCGGUCAACUACGACGGGGCAUCUUUGCUGGGGGUGUUGCAGUACCGUGGCGCUGAGUACCAUGUGCAGCCCCUGGAAGGGGGAGCCCCAAACACGGCAGGAGGAGCCGGCGCCCACGUGGUGAGAAAGAAGAUGCCGGAAAAAGCGGACGGACCAAUGUGCGGCGUCGGAUCCCAGACACCGGAGAGCAUGGGGCAAGCCCCAGGAAGUGAACCCUUGACCAAGACAGAAGGGUCUCCCAGGAGAGCAAAGCGGUUCGCUUCCAUCCCACGCUUCGUGGAGACGCUGGUGGUGGCCGACGAGGAGAUGGUGCGUUUCCACGGUGGAGGCCUCAAGCCGUACCUGCUCACCAUCAUGGCCGCCGCCGCCAAGUUCUUCCGCCACCCCAGCCUGAAGAACCCGGUCAACUUGGUCGUGACCAGGCUGGUGGUGAUCGGGGAAGGCGAGGACGGGCUGCACGUGUCCUCCAACGCCGCCGAGACGCUGCGGAACUUCUGCACGUGGCAGAAAGGCCUCAACAAGCCCAGCGACAAGGAUCCUGAGCAUUUCGACACGGCCAUUCUCUUCACCCGGCAGGAUCUUUGUGGGCGCGCUAGCUGCGGCACGCUCGGCAUGGCGGACGUCGGCACGGUCUGUGACCCAGCACGCAGCUGCUCCAUUGUGGAGGACGAUGGGCUCCAGUCUGCGUUCACCGCGGCACAUGAACUCGGUCAUGUCUUCAAUAUGCUUCAUGACGAUGACAAACACUGCAAAGAGCUCAAUGGCCACAGCAACUCCCGCCAUAUGAUGGCCUCCGUCAUGUCCCCCGUGGACCCCGACGAGAUGUGGUCACCGUGCAGCGGCCGCUUCAUCACCGAUUUCCUAGACAACGGCCACGGUCUUUGCCUCCUCGACAAGCCGCACGAAUCCCUGAGCUUGCCGGCCGUCUUCCCUGGCAGCAAUUACGACGUGGACCAGCAGUGCCAGCUGAGCUUUGGGUCGGAGUCACGCCACUGCCCCAACAUGCACCCGCCAUGCUCCUCCCUGUGGUGCACAGGCCGGAUCAACGGGCAAUUCAUGUGCCAGACCAAGUAUUUCCCCUGGGCUGACGGCACGCUCUGCGGCGAAGGCAAGAGCUGCAUGAGUGGCCAGUGCAUCAGCAAAGUGGAGCUGAAGGCAUACAAUAUUCCGACCCACGGUGGCUGGGGGCGCUGGGGCCCGUGGGGCGACUGUUCGCGCAGCUGUGGAGGGGGGGUGCAAUACUCCACCCGCGAGUGCGACAAGCCCGUCCCGCGCAACGGCGGCAAGUACUGCGAGGGGAAACGCACGCAGUACCGCUCCUGCAACACCGAGGAUUGUUCCAACGGAAACGCUUUGACCUACCGUGAAGAGCAGUGUGCUGCCUACAACCACCGCACGGAGAUGUUCAAGGACUACCCUGCCCCUAUGGACUGGGUGCCCCGCUACAGCGGCGUGGCGGAGCGUGACCAGUGCAAGCUGACCUGCCAGUCCCAUGCCCUGGGCUACUACUAUGUCCUGGAACCAAGGGUGGCUGAUGGAACACCCUGCUCCCCCGAAUCCACCUCGGUCUGCAUUCAGGGACGCUGCGUUCACGCCGGCUGCGACCGUGUCAUCGGCUCCAAGAAGAAGUUUGAUAAAUGCAUGGUGUGCGGCGGUGACAACUCCGGUUGCACCAAGAUCUACGGCGCCUUCACCAAGCCCAAGUACGGCUACAACGACGUGGUCACCAUCCCCGCAGGAGCCACGCACAUCCUGAUCCGCCAGAACAGCGGCUCAACGUCCGCCAGCGAUGGGAUCUACUUGGCCUUGCGCCGGCGGGACGGCUCUUACGCUCUCAACGGCAACUACAUCCUGGUGCCCUCCGACCAGGACGUCCACCUGCAGGGCGGCGCGGUCCUCCGCUACAACGGGGCCACCAAGGCCAUGGAGAUGAUCACAGGGCGUGGGCCACUGAAGGAGCCCCUCACUCUGCAGGCCUUGGUGGUGACCGACCAGAAGACCCCACGCCUCAAGUACACUUUCUUUGUCCCCAAGCCUCCGAAGAGGCUGUCGAAUCAAUGGCUGAAGCAAAAAGCCCACAUCUUAGAAGUCCUAAGGAACCGGCGAGGCCACAAAUAGACUCCGAAGUGAGGUGCUUGGGAAACGCCUCAAAAGCUUCUCCAAACGACAAAGGGAUGCCUGCGUGGGGAGAGAGGGGGGCUGAGAGGCACUUUUACGUCUCAGCUUUUCCAAAGAUGACAAAACUGCUACCCCUGCAAGGACCCUUAAGCGGAAAGAACUGCUAACAAGAGUCUGCCAUGUUGGACCCUGCUUGACAGCUGCUGACGCCUCACGGUCCUUCGGCAGCUUGUCGGGGGCUGCUUUCUGGCCCGCUUGCACGGCCUGGACAUUUGGCGAUGCAGGACACAA